AUGUUAUUGAAAGUCUAUUUCAUUGCUUUGCUUCUUAUUUCAACCAGUUACUUGACUAUUGCCGCACCUAUUUCUGAACUCAAAGAAAAACAUCAUGUGAACCGUGAGUAUGAACUUAAUUAG